AUGUUAUCAGUGAACCAAAAGCUCAGCGUAAUAGAAUCUUCUAAGCGACUCGCAGCUUGGACUGCAGUCGACAAACACAUUCUCCCAGAACACAAAGUCAUCGGCAUCGGAUCCGGGUCGACCGUGCCCUAUGUCGUCGAGCGCAUCGUUGCGCAGGGACAUGAGCUGAACAAGGACCGCGUCUUCAUCCCCACCGGGUUCCAGUCGAAGCAGCUCAUUGUGCAGUCCCAUCUCCGCUUAGGUGACGUCGACGAGUACCCCACUAUCGACGUCACCAUUGACGGCGCAGACGAGGUUGAUAAGGACCUGAACUGCAUCAAAGGUGGAGGCGCGUGCCAUCUCCGCGAGAAGGUCCUCGCCGAAGCUGCGAGAACCUUCAUUGUUGUCGCAGACUACCGCAAGAACUCUGACGUUCUUGGCACGACCUACACUCCUGGAGUGCCGAUCGAAGUCGCCCCCUUCGCCUAUGCAAAGCUCCUGCAGAACUUGCACCACCUCGGUGCGCCACAGGCCGCGCUCCGCAUGGCCAAGGCCAAGGCGGGCCCCGUCGUCUCCGACAACGGCAAUUUCAUCAUCGACGCGCCGUUCCCGCGGCAGAUGCUCGCUGAUCCGUACUCGAUCCUUGCGAAGAUCAAGAUGCUGACGGGCGUGGUCGAAGUCGGACUUUUCUGUCAUAUGGUCAAAGCCGCGUACUUCGGUAAUCAGGACGGGAGCGUCACCGUCAAAUGGGAUGACGGACGAGCGGAGCACGUCGAGAAGACCCAGACGCCCGUACUCCCGUGA